AUGAAUAUCAUCUGUGGUCUAAAGUUGCCGGGCAAGAACUGUAUUUUCUUUCAUUUAGCUUCUUUGACCAAGCAGGGGAAGUCAAAUAAUCUCUGUAGGUCUUACGCAGGAUAUUGCAGAACUCAAGUCAGUUGUACACGAGAUACAUGCCAAAGGCUGGAUUUGACUGGAAAUGCUAGAAACUGUUUUUUGACUGGAAGCCCUGACUCCUAUAGAAACUUAAUCGGUAAAGGACUGAGGUGUCUUUUGAAUGUCCCAAAUACAGAAGUAUACAAGAAUGCAUGCCACAGCUGGGGAAGGGUUUGCUUCCAGUCUUCUCGUCCACUGGGGGAGAAGAUCACAUCCCUCCAGAUUAGUUCUGUAGGGCAACUCCCACGUAAUUUUUCUGCUUGGAACAUUCAGAUCAUCAGGUCUUUUCGCACAUCACCAUCGUUUCAGGCUGCACCAGUUCCUCUUUUCUGGAUUAUUGUUAAGCCAGCUCAGAAAUUACUUGCUAUCAUUCUUGGCAGGAGCAUAAGAAAUUGGUGGAAGGCACUUCCUCCUAAUAAACGGGAACUUUUUAAAGAAAGUGCAAGGAAAAAUAAAUGGAAGAUACUCCUGGGUGUUAGUAGCUUAGGAGUUUUGUUUGUCAUGUUUUAUUUUACUCACUUGGAGGAGACACCCAUCACUGGGCGUGCUCGACUGUUGGUGUUUGGAAAAGAGCAUUUUAGGGAACUGUCACAGAUGGAAUAUGAUAUGUGGAUGGAGGAAUUCAAAAGUAAAAUGUUACCUGAGACAGAUGUGCGCUAUCAGGUUGUGGAGAGAGUUGUUCGUCAUUUAUCUGAAAGCAAUAAGGACGUACCACAGGUCUCAGCACUCAGUUGGGUUAUCCAUGUGGUAGACGAACCAGGUGUAAAUGCUUUUGUGCUUCCAAAUGGCCAAGUGUUUGUUUUCACUGGAUUGCUAAAUGCCGUUUCUGACAUUCAUCAGCUGUCUUUCAUUUUGGGACAUGAAAUAGCUCAUGCUGUGCUGGAACAUGCAGCAGAGAAGGCCAGCCUGGUUCACUUCUUGGAUUUUCUAUCACUCAUCUUUCUCACUAUGAUUUGGGCCAUCUGUCCCCGUGAUAGUUUGGCAGUUGUUGGCCAGUGGAUUCAGAGCAAGUUGCAGGAGUUUAUGUUUGAUAGACCAUACAGCAGAACAUUGGAGGCUGAAGCUGAUAAAGUGGGACUUCAGUUUGCAGCAAAGGCUUGUGUGGAUGUACGAGCAAGCAGUGUGUUUUGGCAACAAAUGGAAUUAGCAGAAACCAUUCAAGGGCAGCCCAAGUUACCGGAGUGGCUCUCCACACACCCUUCUCAUGAAAAUAGAGCUGAUCACUUAGACCGGCUUAUCCCAGAGGCUCUUAAAAUAAGAGAUAGCUGCAAUUGCCCAUCUCUUUCUGGACCAGAUCCUCGCCUCAUUUUCAAACUUAACAUGCAACAUCUCCUGGAACUGUCUAAAGAUCAAGAAACGCUGAAUUCUACAAAGCAAGAUGUCUCAAAAACAAAACUGGAUUUUCCUCACACGCAAAAAGUGGAAGAUAUGCCAGUAACUUUUGCAGCUAAACCUACAAACUAAUGAUGAUAAUUUUCACUUUUUUAUGACACUUGUCCCUGAAGGUCUGUCUUACAAUGCAGAUUUGUCUUUGAACCAUGAAGAAGAUGUAGCCACUAAUACUCUGUUUCUUUUAUGUGAUCUCUCUCUCAAAGCAAUAGGAACCAUGCCC